AUGGGCCAGAAUUCGGUCCAUAUCGAGCAGGUCAGUGUGAUCGCGGGCAAUGUUGGGGUGUGGGCGCGAGCAGAGGGAAUGUGUGGGAGGGAGCAGGGAAGGAGGGUGUUGGGGCGAGCAGGGAGGGGUGUGGGCGUAGGCAAGGGGGGGUGUGAUUUAUGUGCAUGGUUUGCACUGCAAGGGUUUGAAUGGCGAUUGUGGUGGGCAUAUGGCAUCAGUGCAUGGUUGAGUGGGGGGUACAAUCAUGCGCUGGUGCCAUAUGCACGGGUUCCUUUCAUUUUAUACACCAGCCAACAACCCCGUCAUUCUAUCCUCCGUUCCCGUUCCCUCCCCAUCCUCUCUCCUUUCCCUCUACUUCCUGAUUCCUUGGCCUCCCCUUCCCCUCCCGUUCCACUCCCCCUCCUGUCCCAUUUCCUUACACUUCACUCCCCAUUCCCCUCCCCUUUCCCUCCCUUUCCCCUCCCCCUCCCCUCGCAUUCUCUCCACUUCCCCUCCACUUCUCCUCCCUUCCCUUCCCUUUCUCCCCCAUUUCCCGCCCCCUUUCCCUCCCAUUCCCGUCCCCUUAUCCCCCCCGCCCCUUCUCUUUCACUCCCUUUCCCCCCCUUCUCACCCCCUUACACCCCCCCCCUCCUCCUAGUUCCCUCCCCUUUCCCUCCCCAUCCGCUCUCAUCACACGCACCUGACCUGAAUCAGCGCCGACCUGACCAAAAUGGAGAGCCAGUGCCCGUGUGCCCCGCCACGAGUGUCAAGGAGGCACCAAAGAGGGCCUUCAGCCCAACAACUGCAUCAGCUCGCACAUGGCUCAUUUCAUCUGGAGGCAAUCCAAGCAGUUGUUCGCCCUUAAAAUAA